AAUGAUAACAAACCUUAAAACACAACAUCAGUUUUCCAGAUAAGAAUGUCCAAGCUGCUAUUUCGGUCGUCAAAAGCAUGCGCUGUUUAAUGUACGAGUAUGAGAUUGAACUCGCAACUGAGGGCUUUUGAACCAGGAAUCUCAAUUUCAACAUUUCUUCUUCAAAAGAAAGCCAGAUGUAAAACCUAGAGCUAAAGAACAAUGCAGGGAUUUCGAUAUUUAUUGUUUCACAUUUGCCUCAGCUUGGUUUGGCUCUGUGAAGGAAAAUCAAUAACUCAAGUCACUCAGCAUGAAGGUGAGACCCUGGAGGUUGACCUAGAGGAGCAAGACACCUUGGAAGGCUUUUCUGAGCCUAUGAAAGAAGACUUUCUGAAGAUGCUGAACUUGUCAGGGGUUCCAAAGGAACAGAGGAACGUUCAGCCUCCUCCGUUUAUGAUGGAGCUAUACAACAAAUAUGCUUCGGAUAUGUCCUCGGUUCCACGCUCUGAUGUCAUUCGGAGCUUUGUCUUACACGAGGUGACCCACUCAGUCUUCAGUGAGAAUAAAUCUUCACAAAGGCUGCUAUUCAAUGUUUCAAUCCCUAGCUAUGAAGAAGUCACAGUGGUCCAGCUCCGACUGUUUGUGCUGUGGCACAGAAGUCAAUCAGCCUGCGAUGAUACUUCCAUUACCAUUUAUAAUGUCGUACACAUGAAGAACCAAGAAAUAUUACAACUUCUGGACAGGAAGGACAUCAGUCACACAAAACACACAUGGGAGGCUUUUGAUGUGACAAGUGCGUUCCAUAGCUGGCUUCAGUCAAAGCAGGGAGCAGGUGAAUUGGAGGUUCAGGUGCAAAGUCAGAGCUGUGGGUCACACCAAGGUGGAGGCUACAAGAUCAGCCUAAAUUCGGAGGACAGCACCUCACCUGUUUUAAUUGUGUUUUCAAAUGACCUUGAGAACAGGAAGAGAAAAGCCAAAACUGAGGUGCAAGAGAUGAUGGCUCAUGAAGAUGAAAAGUUUUUAUUGAGCGUCAAUCCCACAGAAGAAUAUUCCAGUGAGGAUCAGCAUCGUAGAAGAAAGAGAAACGCACGUAAGAACUACUGUCGGAGAACGUCGCUUAAAGUGAAUUUCAAGGAUAUUGGAUGGGACAAAUGGAUUGUUGCGCCGCCUGAGUAUGAUGCCUACGAAUGUAAAGGCGUGUGCAAUUUUCCUCUGACGGAUGACGUAACCCCUUCCAAACAUGCCAUCAUUCAAACUUUGGUGAAUCUGAGCAACCCAAAAAAAGCCAACAAAGCUUGUUGUGUUCCAACAAAACUGGACCCCUUAACUGUCAUGUACCAAGAGAAUGGCAUUAUCACUGUCAGGCACCUGUAUGAGGAGAUGAAAGUGGCAAAAUGCGGCUGUAGGUAGUGAGGGAAAAAAGCUGCUUCAUACCUUCAAACUAAUAUAUCUGAAUGCCUGUAAAAAUGUUUUUAAAAAAAUCUAUUUAAAUUAAAUAAUAUUCAUUCAUGUAUAGAAACUGCUUUAUUCUGGUAAUACAAUUGAAACACUUAAAUAAUAAUAAUAAUAAUAAUAAUAAUAAUAAUAAUAAUAAUAAUAAUUAAUUCAUUAAUGAACAGAAUUAUAUUUAUGUAUUUAAUGUUGGCCUUAAAUGCUAUUCGAUAGUUUAAUAGUGUAUUUUUGUAAUACAAAUGCAUUUCAGCAUGGUUUUUAUAUUGACAACAGUUAGACAGUGAUGCUAGACUUAAUACUGCUUCUCACACGACCUGAUUUAUUUUAUUCAUUUUCAGUGUGUUCUUUAAGCUGGUUAGGGUCACUCUGGAUUCUGGGAAACACCCUGGAAAUGGAACACCAGUCCACCACGUACACACUUUCACACACUCAUUCAUACCUAGGGGCAAUUUAAAGUAGACAGUCCACAUGUUGGUGUGUUUUUUUGGGAGGUCAGAGGAAACCGGAGGAAUCUAGAAGAAGUCUGCAUGAACACAAGGAGAACAUGUAUGUAUAGACCUACAGAAAUCUGGGCUUAUGAUUGAACCAGCAACACUGUGAGGAGGAAACAGCACCCAAUGUGCAGCCAUGCCACCUUAAAUGAAUCAUCGACUAUUUUUCUUUUAUUUCCAAUUUUCCACUGCUUUUCUUUUUUAAUCUCGCUGAAUACUAACUUCAUUAAAUGAAAGCAUGGUAAAAUGAUGUGUCUAUUGGAAUUUACAAGUUUCUAUUUAAAACAUGAAUAAAAAUAUAAGAACAUUAAAUAUUAUUUAUUCACAGCAUCGUGUUAGCAGUGUCAUGUGUGAUGUUCAUGCAACAUUUCCUGUUCAAGUCCAUGGCAACCAUGUGACAGCUUCCUGAUCCAGCUUAUGCAUGGAGACAUUUGGGACACCUUGUAGCUGUUACAUAAUAGUAUAAAAUGAUUGUGUUGUUGUGUAUUUAUUUUACCUCACAUGCAGUUUUCAGUUUGUGUCUAGAACAUAUGCUCUUUGGGGAAGUAUUUAGACUUUACACCUAACACUUUUAAUAUGUUGAUACUGCCCUCUACUGAAUACUUUGGGCUGAUGUGUACCGUCCUGAAUUAAUGCUGUCUCUGACAUGCAGGCAUUUGUCUUAUAUACUGUAUGAUUCUGAUAUAUUUUUAAAAAUGUCUUAGUAAUAAAAUAUUUAAUCAAAC